AUGGCUACAGCAGCAUCACAGCAAUCGCCCUCGAUGGUGCGCAGCCAUUCAAGCUCUCGCAAUCCGCCCUCCGCCUAUGCUCCAGUGUCGCCGUCACAACCUGCAAGAGCGCGAUCCACGAACACGAGACCCUCGAACCACACAAGGACCAGCUCUCGAACGUACGAGACGCCUCCUCAAUCGAACCCUGCCGCCCUUGUGAACGUUGCUCGCAGAGACUUCGAACAGACCAAUGUCGCCUCUAUGCCUUCCUCCCGGCGUAGCAAUUCUCGCGAUGGACGAGCGGAAUACCAAACAGAUCCAGCAUCGCAUGGUAGAUCAUCUUCCCGCCCUGGAUCUCGGCGUGGUAGUCAGGACUUGACGGCGCCUACGAACGUAGUAGCAAACGGCAGUUCUGCACAUCCCCCCCUCCCGAGCGCCCACGCAAGAAGCGAAGCACACUCGUCACAACCUCAUCCCACCGUCGGCCGGAGGCGCACAUCGAUCACGUGCCAGACAGGAACUUGGUCAUUGGGCAAGACUAUAGGCCAAGGGAGCAUGGGCAAAGUGAAGCUAGCGAAAAACAUCGAGACCGGAGAGCAAGCAGCCAUCAAGAUCGUUCCACGACAAAGCGCCGAUGAACAGGGAAAUCCGAAAGACGAACGCGCAGACCGCUCAAAGGAAAUCCGGACGGCAAGAGAGGCCGCCAUGGUGUCUUUGCUCUCGCACCCUUACGUCUGCGGGAUGAUUGACGUGCAGCGGACGAACUAUCACUGGUAUAUGCUUUUCGAGUAUGUCAAUGGCGGGCAAAUGUUAGACUAUAUCAUUGCGCAUGGGCGGCUGAAGGAGAAGCAAGCCCGGAAAUUCGCUCGGCAAAUCGCGAGUGCUCUCGACUAUUGCCAUCGGAACAGCAUCGUUCAUCGAGACCUCAAGAUUGAGAACAUCCUGAUCAGCAAGACUGGCGACAUCAAAAUCAUUGAUUUCGGUCUUAGCAACCUCUAUUCCCCACGGUCUCUUCUCAAAACGUUUUGCGGGAGUCUGUACUUUGCGGCGCCGGAGUUGUUGCAAGCGCGUCAGUAUACUGGACCUGAAGUCGAUGUCUGGAGUUUCGGAAUUGUUCUAUAUGUUCUUGUCUGUGGUAAAGUCCCGUUUGACGACCAAAGCAUGCCUCAGUUGCAUGCCAAAAUCAAGAGGGGCGUGGUGGAUUACCCUCAGUGGCUGACAGCUGAAUGCAAGAACAUUAUUUCCCGCAUGCUUGUUGUGGAUCCGCGAGACCGAGCAAGUCUUCAAGAAAUCAUGAAUCACCCAUGGAUGACGAAAGGGUUUAACGGACCGCCCGACAACUGUCUCCCUCACAGAGAACCUCUGCAAUUGCCCCUUGACCCCGAGGUCAUUGAGAAGAUGCAAGGCUUUGAUUUUGGAUCAUCUGCCUACAUCACCGACCAGCUGACUCGAAUCAUCGAAUCAGAAGACUAUCAGAACGCCGUACGUAAAAGCUCCAAGGAAGACUACAGCCACUCAUCCAGCACCGGAGAGAAGAAGCGUGGCGUAUUUGAUUUCUACAAGCGACGAAACUCGAUCAGUCGCGAAGGACUUACUGGCCCGUCAUCGGAAGCCAUUCGUGGGUAUGAUCCAAUCAACGCCUACAGCCCGUUAAUUUCAAUCUAUUACCUGGCUCGCGAGAAGCGCGACCGGGAACGACAACAAUCGAACCCCGGGGCUAUAGCCAUGCCGAUGACAGAAAAGGAGUCCCCUCUGAAGUUGCCUGGACUACCAACUCCAGAAGCCGCGUAUACUAAUACGUUUGCGCCGGAGAUGCCCGGGGAGAAGUCUACUGGUGGGCGAGCCAGGCCGCGGGCCCGAACGAACGGCGAAGAUGACACUCCUCAUGGCGGCAAGCCCCUUGAGGUGCCUGAGAAGAAACAUCCUCCCAGCGCAGCUUCUCCGACAGUAAUCCCACAGCCAGAUCAACCGGCGAAGCGUGAAGGAACCACUUUCGGCCUUUUGCGAAGAUUCAGCACUCGACGCUACCGCGAUCGGGACAUAGAACGGCCCCAGCCACCUCCAUCUCUGAACAUUCAACCGCCGGCGGAUUCAGUUGCACCACCACGCAAAUCUUUCUCUGUUCGGCGAUCGCGCAGAAGAGAUCCUAGCCCAUCAACGCAUCAUGCAGGAGGCAGUCAACCUCAGCACGAGGGAUUACUCAGUGCAAGCGGUGGGCUGUCGCGAGCUGGAAAGUUUUUGGGAAGAUCGACCAGCGUAAAUUCAGCUGACUAUCGCCCUCGGCGCGUCUUGCAGAGAGCAACGUCAGGGAACGAGUCCCCUAUGUUGGCACCUGAGCCACCGCCGACUAGCGGAUCAGACCAGUCAAGUGUACAUGCUAGCCGAACCGACAAAGGUGUAGAGCUUACCGAUAAACCCGCACCGAACGCAAGCCCGAUGACCACUCCGCGCACCCCGAACACCACUCGGACGAAAUCUCUGGGGCACGCCCGCCAGGAAAGCAUUCAAGCUCGACGUCGUCGUCAUGAAGAGCGACGAGCUGAGGCUAAUGUUCCUGAAGAGACUGAUGCAGACCUACGAGGCGACGCAGAUGGGUUAGACACCCCGGCUGUUCCCGACACUCCAGGGACAGAAAUAUCCAAGCCAGCGAGUCUCAAGGGCUUAUUCUCGACUUCCACGACCAGCAGCAAGGCACCAGAGUUCAUCAGGCACGAUAUCAUCCGGGUGCUGAAUCAGCUAGGAGUGCAAUACACUGUGAUCAAGGGUGGUUUCUCUUGCCGGCACGCGCCAAGCAUCAAUCUUGACGGGGUCCGAGACACGGCGGCACCGCUUGAUGAUGAGAAAAGUGGUCGUGUUACGAGUGGACAUCAACGACGAAUUUCCUUCGGCGGAGCCUUCCGUGGCAAGGACAGAGAAGAUAUCAGGGACGACAGGCAAGUAUCUCGACACCACACGAGGAGAAGACAGCCUGAUCAGAGUUUCGUGACCAACUCUGAAGGGUCGGACGAGUAUCUGCAAACGAGAGGGCCAGAAACCCACGACCAUGGCGCAACGAGGACCCGUGUACAAGAAGACAGCGGUGAACGCCUCGUGCUCAAGUUCGAGAUUGCCAUUGUGAAGAUACCUCUGCUUUCGCUGCAUGGCAUCCAGUUCAAGAAAGUGCAAGGGGGGAUGAACCAGUACCGGUCCAUGACCUCUGCUAUCCUCAACGCAUUGAGAUUGUGA